UUUCAAUAUUCGUGUAUAUACUCUUCUCGAGUUAAGUUCGCUGUUACCGAAUGAAGAGGAAGAAUAUAUUUUUCUUGUAAAAAAAAAAAUCAUAGUGUAAAAUACAUUCUUUUUUUUUUUUGCUCUUUUUGAAGAAAAAGUGGUGGAAUUAAAAUUUAUUUUAGUGUAAAUUUAAACAAAAAUUCAUAAAUAAUUAAAAAACAUUUUUAAUAAAAUGGAUACAUUAUAAAUUAAACUUUUGGAUAAUAUUAAACUUGAAUUAAAAGAAAUUUUUGGAUACAACAAAUAAUUUCCUGUUACGAAUAUUUUUAUAUUAUUCUAUCCGGUGUAAUUGGUACAAUAUUAAACAAAAUGCUUGCAUCAUUACCACCAGCAAGUAAAUUAAAUGAUCCAUUAUCAUCAUCAACAACAUCAACAACAACAACAACACAACAACAAAAAACAACAGGAAAUAAUAUUAUAAAUAAAUCAGCAAGAAUAAUUCUUAGUAAUAAUCAAGAAACAGAUCAUAUAUCAUCAUCAAUAGGUAGCAAUUUUUCAUUUAUAAAUUAUAAAAAUGUUAAUUAUCAUCAAAGAAGUUAUUUUAAUGCACCAAUAUUUAAUAAAAAAAUUAUUACAAGUAGCAGUAGAGAUGUAAUUGACAAUAAAACCGAUAAUUUUCUAACGCCACCAUUUUGUAAUAUAAAAAGAAUGAGUGAAAUAUAUUGCAAUGAAAAUGAACGGUUAAAAACAUUCCGAGAUUGGCCGUUAGAUUUUAUUGAUAAAGAAAUUUUAGCAAAAACUGGUUUCUUUUUUACUGGUGAUGAUGAUAAAGUAAAAUGUUAUUUUUGUGAAGUUGAAAUUGGUAGAUGGGAAAGAAAUGAUAAUCCAAUUAGUGAACAUACAAGAUGGUCACCAAAUUGUCCAUUAAUACGUCGUAGACAAACAAAUAAUGUACCAAUUGAUUGUGAAUCAUUAAAUCGUUUAUUACCACCAAUUAGUUAUGAUGUAUGCGGUGCUAAUGAUAUUAUUGAAGUAAGACCAAAUGCAUAUGCUGAAGGUUCAAUAUCAUCAUUAUCACCAAUUGGUUCACCAAUAAAUAGUUUACCAAAUACACCAAAUUCAGUAACAGCUACAACACAAACAAAUUUCUUAUAUCCAGAUCAUCCUGAAUAUGCAAUUGAAUCAGCUAGAUUACGUUCAUUUGGUGAAUGGCCUCGCAAUAUGAAACAAAAACCAGAACAAUUAAGUGAAGCUGGUUUCUUUUAUACUGGUAUUGGUGAUCGUGUUAAAUGCUUUAGUUGUGGUGGUGGUCUUAAAGAUUGGGAUGAAAAUGAUGAUCCAUGGGAACAGCAUGCAUUAUGGUUAGGAAAUUGUCAUUAUUUAAAAUUAAUGAAAGGUAUUGAAUAUGUUCAAGCCGUAGCAGAAAAAUUUAAAACAGCUGAAGAAAAUGAUGAAGAAGAACAGCAACAACAACAAGAAUCCAAAGAAUUAGGAACAAAUGAAAAUAAAAAUGAACAACAAAUUGAAAAUAGUUUUAACAUUAGAUGUACGAAUAAUAAUUCUAAUAAUAAUAACAGCAGUUAUGAUGAAGUUCCAAAUGUUGCAUCAACAUCUUCAACAACAAGUCCUGCAAAAUCAAGUAUAAAAGCAACAUCAACUAAAACAGCAGAACAAUCUAAUAUUAAUAAUAAUAAUAGUAAUGUUAAUAAUAGCCAUCAAAAAGUUAAUUGUAAUAAUUGCAGUUCUGCAACAUCAUCUUCUAGUUCUGAUGAAGAAAAUAAUAGUGGUACAUCAAUAACAUCAUCAUCAUCAUCAUCAUUAUCGACAUCAUCGUCUUCAUCUACAUCAUCAUCAUCAGGUACUGGAAGUACUACUUCUGUAAAUAGCAAUAGUUCUAAAGAGGCUGAAACUGUAUGUAAACAACCAAAAUUAGAUUGUCAUCAUCAUCAUAUUAGUAGAGACUUACAUCAUGAGAAAAAAUCUAUAACAAUAUCUGAAGAAAAAUUAUGUAAAAUAUGUUAUGCUGCUGAAUAUAAUACAGCGUUUUUACCAUGUGGUCAUGUAGUUGCAUGUGCAAAAUGUGCAUCAUCUGUAACAAAGUGUCCAAUGUGCCGGAAACCAUUUACAGAUGUUAUGCGUGUAUAUUUUUCAUAAAAUUUAUUGUUAAUAAUGUAAAAAAAAUGUUUAAACUAUUCAAUUUAUUAUUUCAAUUAAUGAAAAAAAAAUUACAAUUAAAAAUUAUAAUAAUUUUUAUUAAUUUUGGUAAAAAUUUUGUAAAUUUAAAAUUUCAAUUUUUAAUUGUUCAUUGGGUGGAUGAUAAUUUUUUAGAAUAUUUAAAGAAAACAAAUUUUCAUAAACGAUUUGACCACCCCUCAUAAAAAAAUUUAAAAAUAAAAAAAAAAAAUCGAAUUUUUCAAUUUAUUGGAAUAUUUCCAUUUUUUUUUUUUUUUUUAAUUUUUUUAUGAGGGGUGGUUAAAAUGUUUUUAUUUAUGUUGUUUUUCCUGUUUUCUUUAAAAUUUAUUCAGAAAAACAAAAAAAAUUUUUCAAAUUUCAGUAUUACAAUUUUUUUUUUCCCACCCCUUAUAUUAGAUUCUUAUCAUUAUUAUUAAUUAAUUAUUUUAAUUAUUAUAAUGAAACAAAUGUAAAAAUAAAAAAAAAAAAUUAAUAAUAAUAAUUAAAAAAAAAAACACUAAUUACCUAAAUUUAACUUAAUGAGCUUUAUUAUAUAUAAUUAAUAAAUUAAUUAUAAAAGAAAAAGUGAAAAAAAAAUCGUAAAAAACAAUUUAGAUUUAGAGUAAAAAUUAAAGAAAAAAAAAUAAUAAAAAUAAACAAUAAAUAUCAUAAAAUGUUAUUUAAUUAAAAUAAAAAAAAAAUAAAAAUGAAUUUCAUGUUUUUUAAAUUAAAAUAAAUAUACAUAAAUAGAACUUGUAAAUCUUAUAGAAAUUGGUAGAAAGGAAAAAUUCCAUAAUUAUUAAAAAAUGCAAACAAACGAUAAAGCAAAAAAUUUUAUGAAAUUUUUUUCUAAGAACAUUUUGGUAAAAACUGUCUUUAGAGGGAAUUAAAAUUAUUAAGAAUAAAAUUGUUUUUUAUUGAAAAAUGAUAAGAAAAACAAACAAACAAAAUGUAAUUAAAUGACGUAAUUAUUUUAAAAAAGAAUUUUAAAAAUUUUUAUCAAAAGUGGUAUUUUCUUCUUAUUUCUUAAAUUUGAGUGGCUGUGGAAAAAUAUCACAUGCAAAUUUAUAUUAAAAAAUAAAAUACAAAAUGAACUUUUUUUUUCCAUAUAAGAAACAAAUAAAAAACAAUAAUGUAGAACAAAAUAAAUACGAACAGCUUUGUAUAGGUAUCAUAAAUGGAGAGGGAAAUUUUUUUUUUACAUUAUUAAAUUAAAAAUUGAGAAUUUUGAGAAAAAAAUGAGCUUUAAUUUUUAUAUUUUUUUUUGUUUUACAUUAAAUUUUCUCUUAAAUAUCAAUUUUUUUUGUUUUUUUAGACUGCAUAAUUCAUUUUAAAAUUUUCUGAUUAUUAUUUUAUAUUAAAAGCAGUUUUUAUAAAAUUAAAUUAUGAAAUAAUUAGUAGUAGCCCUUUGAAUAUAUCAAAUAAAAUAAUAUUAAGGGCAGCCUCUCUCUCCAUUUAUUUGAGAAGAAAUGUAAAAAAGAGAAAUCUUUUCAAAAACUAUUCUUUAAACCAAUAAUUUUGAACACAUAAAAAUAGCUUUCUUUUAGAAUUAGAAAAAAAUAAAUAAAUAAAAUAAAAUAAAGUAAAAUAUUUUCCAAUUUAAUAAAAAGUCAUUUUUUACCAUAAAAUUUUUUUUGUUCUAAUUAUGAGGAAAAAUUAAAAAUAUAUUUAGAAAAAGAAUUAUUGAAAAAUAAAUAUUGUAUGUAUUUUGGAAUUCAUUAAAAAGUUAACAAAAAAGCUUUCAUCUUCAAAUUUCUAAAAAAUUUUAAAAUUUUAAUUUCACACAAAAAUAUUAAAAAAUUGUUUUUUAAAUUUAAAUCUAACCACUUAAUAUGUGUGUUUUUUUUUUUUUGUUUUUAUUGACGAACUCUUAAAAUCUCUUAAAAUUUUUGUAUAAAAUUAAUAAUCUUGUAUGUUUAUAGAACAAUUUAAAAAAAAAAAAAAUAUGUUUGUUCUUAAAUAAAUAAAAAACUAAAAAAAAAAAUUAUAAUCAAAAAUUAUUUGUUUUUUAAUUUAAAUGCAACAAAAUAUUUAAAUUAUUUGUUGUGAAUUCUUAAAAAAUUUUCUAAUGCAAGUAAAGGAAAAUCAAGACAGACUUAAAAAUUGCAAAACAUUUGAAAAUUUAAUAAAGUAUUGAAAGAACGAGUGAAAUGAACGUGUAAAAUAAGUAUAAAAUUUUGAUUUUUGUUUUAAGAUAACAAAUUUAAUAUUUCUGUGAAAUAAUAACAAAUUUUUUUUUAUAUAUUUUUGUUUUAACAAUUUAUAACUUUAAUUAAUUGUUUUGUAUUUAAGUGCAGUAUGCAUGCAUUUUAAAAAUAAUAGAAAAAUAUUUUCACUAAUUCCUUAAAAUUUUUUCUAUUUUUCAUUUUUUAAUUAUUAAUUGAUUAAAUUUGAAUGGUUUUCUGUGUCAUGAAUUGCAAUAUUAUUAGGGAGAUCAAGUAAAUGUUUAAUAAUUAUAAAAAAAUUGUCAAUUGCAAUUCGAAAAAAAUGUUAAAAUUCUUGCAAUUAUUAUUAAAUUUCAUGUGAAUGUCUGAACUAUAAAACAUUAAAUUUCAAAAUUUCUAUGGAAUUUUGUUUUUAAAACCCUCUUGUUAUUUAAGGACAAAUAUUUUUGAGUUUAAUAUUUCAAAUAUUAAUUUUAAUUUUAUCCUAUUUGCAAAUCAACUAAGAUGAAUCAGAAAACAAGAACAGAAUUAUGCUAAGGCACUUUUUGUCUUUUUAAUAAUAAAAAUUCGAUUUGGAGUUCGUUUUUUUUUUUCUCUUCUUCUUAGUCUUGUUUCUUUUGUAAUAAUUAUUUCUAAAAAAAAAAAAUUUUUUUUGUUAGAUUUUUGAAAAUAAUAUUUUUAAUUUUUUUUUUUUUUUGUAAAAAUAAUCUUCAACAUAGAAAUAAAUUAAAUAUAUAUAUAUAUAUAUUAACCUAGAUAAUAAUUAUUUAUUUAAACUGAAAAUAAAUCUUAUAUAUUAUAAUAAAAAUAACUCGAACCUGAUGCAUAUAUAUAUAUAUAUAUAAAAGAAAAAAAAAAGCAAAAAAUUAAAUAUUAUAUACACCCAAUUUAAAUUAAGAAAAAUUAAAUGAUGUAAUUAAAAUAAAUUAUAAGAUUAUAAUUAAAAUAGAUAAAAAAAAUUUUCUAAUAUACAAGAAAACACAUUGAAAAAUUUUUUUAUUUAAAAAAGAUCCAUUAUUAAAAUAGUUGAAAUGUUAAUAAAUUUAAAUACAGAUAUAUGUAGGGUUUUUAGGUUUUUUUUUUGCAAUUGUAACUGUAAAAUUUUUAACAACUCAUGUUACAAAUUCUGCUUUUCUUGCAGAAAGCAGUUACAGAAUGAUCUUUUGCUUUAAGCGAAAACAAAUAAAUAGUUCAUAUGAGUUGUUGAGAAAUUUUACAGUUAUAAUGCAAAAUGUCUACAAAAAAAAAUUAAGCUUGGUUUAGACUAUUCAAACAAAAUGUCAAAAUAA